AUGCCUACAUUAGCAACUUAUUCGUUAAUAACUUUGUUAUUCACUAUUUCUUAUACCUUUACUUUACUGUCUUUAUUAUUGCCAAAUUGGUUACUUUUUUCAACCCCGAAACCAUUUCGCACAUAUACCAACAUUGGUUUAUUUAAGCGAUGUUCUAAUACGAUAUUUAAUGAUGAAUGUCGGCCGUUUCCAUCAUCAGAUUACAACGAUUGUGAAGAGAAAUUUUUUUGUGAAGAAUGGGGAUUAGCAGUAACAACGAUGAUAUUAGCUGCGAUAUUAGGAGGUUUAACAUGGUUAAACUUUGUUUUAAUUUUAUUAGGAGGAAGGUUAAGAAGAGAGAAAGCAUGGAAAAAUUCUUCAGGAUUGCUUCUUUUACACGCAUUAUUUCAGUUUAUUACAAUCUUUUUAAUUGCUCAUAUUUAUACAACAUCGGAAAAAUUUUAUUUUGGAGUCAAAUAUGAUUAUAGUUUUAUAUUUGCAAAUAUCUCAGCAUGUCUUAGUGUUCUCUUAUCCCUUACAUUAUUUACGAAUGGAUUGUUUUCACCACCCGAAUAUCAUUCUUUUUAG